AUUAACGCCAAACAGGUACAUACCAAACUUCACCAACAAAAAUAACUGUUUGUUUGUAUAUAUAUAUAUAUAUAUAUAUAUAUAUAUAUUUCUGUACCUACCAUAACAGGCUAACAUUUCUAACCGGAGCUUUCUUUAAACUUUUCACCUUCUUCCCAUCCCUCCGAAUAUGGAGCACUGGACCAGAGGCCAAAUUCUUGGUCAGGGUUCCCAAGCCACCGUCUCAAUCGCAACAGUCCAGCAGUCCGGUCUAGCUUUUGCUGUUAAGUCAGCUGAGCUCUCACAAUCAGAGUUAUUACAGAAGGAGCAAAGGAUUCUUUCUACAUUAAGUUGUCCUCAAAUUAUAGCAUACGAGGGAUAUGAUGUUACACGAGAAGAUGGUAAGCUCUUGUUUAAUAUUUUCUUGGAAUACGCACCAGGCGGCACUCUUAUUGAUACAAUUCGGAAGCAUGGAGGUUUCCUCGACGAGGGCAUGAUCAGAUCAUAUGCUAGGGAUAUUUUGUUGGGCCUUCACCACCUUCAUUCUAAUGGGAUAGUACAUUGUGAUAUUAAGGGUCAUAACAUUUUGGUCACUAGCGAUGGGGCAAAAAUUGCUGACUUGGGUUGUGCUAGGAAGGUCAAUCAAGUGUCAAAGACUCCAAUUGCCGGCACUCCUGUCUACAUGGCACCCGAGGUGGCGCGUGGUGAGCACCAGGGUUUCCCUGCUGAUGUGUGGGCUCUUGGGUGUACCAUUAUAGAGAUGGCUACUGGGAGGCCCCCAUGGACGACUAUUUCGGAUCCUGUAUCUGCCCUUUACCAAAUUGGGUAUUCAGGUAUGGUGCCAGAAAUUCCAAGCUUUAUGUCAAAGCAAGCGAUAGAUUUUGUAAGCAAGUGCUUGAAGAGAGACCCAGUGGAGAGGUGGUCAGCCAGUGAAUUACUAAGACACGCUUUCGUUACAGAGGAGGCAUGCUCUGUUUUGAAGGGUAAUACUAGUUCCAACGUGGAAACUCCAACAAGUGUAUUGGACCAAGGUUUAUGGGAGUCAAGAGAGGAGUUAGAGGCAACAUGGAAAUCAACCCAUAAAAAUUGUUCCCGUUCUCCAACAGAAAGAAUCCGGCAAUUAGCCCAAGGCACCGCCAGAGUGCCUAAUUGGGCAUGGGAUGAUUCUUGGGUUACUGUAAGAAGCAAAGAUUCUUCAAGCUUCGAGGAUUUUGCCUUGGUAUAUGCAAAUGAGGCUACAGAAAACAGUGGGACGGGCAUAGUUUGGUUUAGUGGGGAGUAUAGUUUGAUUAAUAUUAGUUGUAAUGAGCCCACAGACAUUGGUGGGUUAAGAACAUUACUGUACACUAGCAAUAGCAGCAGCUGUAGCGAUAUUUCGGUGAUGCCUUGUAGAUGUGUACAAGAUGAUUUAUGUGGAGGCAGCAAUUUUGAUAAGAAAAUCAUUGUUCUGCGUUGCAUAAUUCACCUAUUUUUAACUACGAUCUUGCAUGAACAUGUUUUGAUGGCUAAAAGAAAGGCUGCCUUCGAUUUCAUAGCCAGAUUUUUACAAAUUUUUUCUGUUUCCAAAGAAGCCAGAUAUUUAGAAGUUAGAACCCACGAGGCCAUCUCCACUAGUUAUAUGUAUCGAAAUCAUGUGUAAUAAAUAGCUAUUCACGUCAAAAAUUAUAUUUAUCGAAAAAAUUUUA